AUGGAGACCACUCACACACGGCAGCAUCAUCCGCCAGCUGCAUCGCCACGACUAAUCCGCUGUCGAAGCGGAGCUCCCUCCAUUUCUACACCAGAUCAAAACAACUCCAGCUUCAAUACUAGCAAAAGGUUCAUCAACAGGUCAAAGUCAACCACAAGAUCAUCAACAAAUACCAAAAGAGACGAAGAGAAUAUCGACCCUUCCACAACAACCUCCAUCAUUUCGAGAAUCCAAAAGAUCGGACGGCCUGACCUAGACCAUCAAGAUCAGAGCAGUAGUAAUUGUAAAAACAGUAAUGGCUUUAUUAGAUUCUUGAAAAGUGCAGGGCGUGGCAGUAAUUCCCGUGUAAAUUCUAGCGGAAGAAAAGGGGUAAAAUAUUCACCCACAAAGUCUCCUUCUGCAUGGGCGUUAUCGCCGGGAAGAUCUUCACCGAGUUUGUUUGAGUCGCCGCCGGUGUCUGAUAGGGAAACGGCGAAAACUGCUGGUGGGAAAAGUGGGGUUCUCAAGUAUUUUAAGCAAAAGAAAGUUUCAGCUGUGGAAGAAGAGGAUUAUCAUCGUUUUAGGGUUUUGCAUAACAGAUUGUUGCAAUGGAGGUUUAUCAAUGCUAGAAAUGAAGCUACGAUGUCCACCAUUAACAUCACUGCACAGGGAGAUGUGAAUUCAAUUAACGAAGCCAUGAGCAUGGCAGUGGGAAUCAUGGACGGCAUACAAGCCAUCAUCACUCCUAAAUUCUUCUCAAAAGUAGAAAAAAUUCUUUACCUAGUUACGGAGAUGACAAGCAUGAUAGAACAGAAGGAAGAGUGCAUGGAGGAAGUAGAGAAUACUAUUGCUUGGCUUCCUUCCUUACUGAAUGAACAAGAGGAAAAUUCAUUUACCAGCAUUGAUUUGGGUCUCCGGUGCAACAGCGAUGGUGCCCAGCUUCUCUUCGGCCGCCCUUCUUUUUCUUCUUUGGCGAACUGGGGUGCGACUGGGGUUAGGGUUUUAAUGGAAGACUUUAAAUACUUCUCUUCUCUCGAUCUGGGUCGUCCGUUCGGGCCAGUGUGGGCCGAUCUCCAACGUCGGAUCUCACCUAUUUGA